AUGCAAGGCUUCAACAUGGGACGCUAUGUCCCUCCGGAUCUCGAGGGCGUCGUCUCAUUCAACACCGCUUCCGGCAAAGGCCAUGCGCUAGGCUCGCGCGCCCGCAAACUCAAGACCGAAGGCAUCUUGAUCGUCCGCUUCGAGUGCCCGUUCGCCAUUUGGUGCACGCACUGCCGGCCCGAGCAGAUCAUCGGACAGGGCGUGCGGUUCAACGCCGAGAAGAAGAGAGUGGGCAAUUACUUCUCCACUCCCAUUUGGAGUUUCCGGUUCAAACACGCCGCGUGCGGCGGCUGGUUGGAGGUCAGGACCGAUCCCAAGAAUGCCGAGUACGUGGUCGUCGAAGGCGGGAGGAGGAGAGAUACGGGCGUCGAUAAGGUCCUUGAUGGGGAGAUCCGCAUCGGCGCGACCGAGGAGGAUAAAGAGCGGCUGGAGAGGGAUGGCGGGUUUGGCGCGCUGGAGAAGAAAGUCCAGGACAAGACCCUUUUCGAUUCCCAGAAAGACAGGCUCGAGGGGUUAUUGCGAGUCAGCGAGCGCGAUUGGGCGGAUCCCUACGAGCAGAGUAGAAGGCUCCGUGCCGAGUUUCGCGUCGGUAGGCGGAAGAGACAGGCGGAUGAGAAGACCGGGGAGGCCUUGAAGGAGAAAUUCGGGUUGGGGCUGGACAUUUUGCCUGAGAAUGCCGAGGACGGCGAGAGGGCCAAGUUGGUCGAGUUCAGAGGGCCGAACGAAGCGUCUUCGACGAGCUUGAGGAGGCCCAUGUUUCGCACUGACCUCGAUAAUACACAUUUGGCCCCGUCGUCCUCGUCCUCGCACUCAAAGUCCAGCACCGGAGCAAAGCCGGGUAAUAAGAGGGAGAUUCUACAGAGCACGUUACAAAGCAAUACAUGGAUUGCCUCGGAUCCCUUCCUAAGAGAGGAAGAUAUCUGGCAGCCCAGAGUCAAGCGGAAAAAGCAGGACGAAGGGGAGAUGGAGCAGAGGAAGGAGGAAGGGACAAAAGUGGAAAACAGCACGGCGUUGGUGGUGGGCUAUGAUUCGGAUUCAUCGUGA